AUGGCACCAUUAAAUGUCGGCUUCGUUGGCUACGGCUUCGCUACACGAUGCUUUCAUCUUCCAUAUAUCCUUCCAAACCCAGAUUUAAAUGUCUAUGCAUUCUUACAGCGUGCUGAAGCUCCACCAGCAGGCUCUUCUAUAGAAAAAGGAAAACACUGCACUAUUGACUACCCCCAAGCAAAACACUACAGGACAGCAGAGGAAUUCUUCGCAGAUCCAAACAUCGACUUAGUGAUCGUUUGCACUCAUCACGAUUCACAUUUCGAGUUUGCAGAAAAAUCCCUUCUAGCUGGAAAACAUGUGGUGGUCGAGAAACCUUUCACCCCUACCGCCGCAGAAGCCGAUAAACUCAUAGCUCUAGCCAAAGAAAAGGGCAAAGUUCUCACUGUUUUUCAAAACAGAAGAUACGACUCCGACUUCCGUACCCUCCACGACCUUGCACAAAAGGGUGUCUUUGGCCAACUCACCGACGUCACUAUUCAUUACGACGUAGAUCUCCCACCCUGGGUAGCUAAUUGGAAAGGAGGAGAAUACAAGCCCGGCGAUGGUAUUAUGUAUGGUCUUGGAUCUCAUAGCAUAGACCAGGCUUUACUAUUAAUUGGGCAAACUCCAACUUCCGUGACCGGGUUUUACAGAACUCUCAGGCCUUCGGACAGUGAUAUUGAUGAUACAUUUGUCAUUAUCCUUCAAUUUGGUGGAGAGUUGAAGAAGUUGAUCGCUACAGUGACGACUAGCGUGGUAACUCCGAUGGAGCAGCCGUUGAAAUACUUAAUUCGAGGGUAUGAUGGAAGUUUCAUAAAGUAUGGCGAAGACUCACAGGAAACCCAGCUAUUAGGAGGAAUGGAGAGCACAGAUCCGAAGUUCGGGGUCGAAGACCCUUCCAUCUGGGGAAAACUAUGCACGAAAACGCAAGUAACUGAGUUCCAAACUUUAGACAGCCGGACCAAGAGGUAUAUUGGGAGCGUUCCAAGUAUGACUGGCAGUUAUAUGAAGUACUACUCGGAUCUUGCAAAGGCUAUUUUGGCUGGGGAAGAGCCGUUCGUGAAGGCCCAUCAGAGUAGAGACGGAAUUCGAGUGAUUGAACUAGCAAGACAGUCCGCCCAAGAGGGCAGAAGUAUUCCGUGGAGCUAG